AACUAUGCCCACAUUUCAGCAAUCAAAAUCCAAGCAGCAUAUAGAGGUUACAGGUAAGCGAUUGGUGGUUUGGAUGUCAAUGAGUGGAAUGGUAGAAGGGUCGUCUCUGAACCCAAAUGCCCUACACUAUGUUCUGCAGCAGUUGCGGGAGUCAGUGCAGGCAUUGUUGGAACACUUCCAUCAGUGGAGGCAACAAGAGAUGGCUGGCAAAGACUUGUUUGAGAAUGCCUCUGUGGAGGCUUUAGUCAUGAACCUGAGCACCAAAUCUCCGAAAAAAGGCGUGAGGCCGGGUAAAAUCGUGAAAAACCUGUCCAAUGCGUAA